AUGGCUUCGAGGCUAUCGACAUCCUCGAUCGCGCCGAUGCGAACAGCGACGAGAAUAAACACGCUAGGACGUGCGCAAUGCAUCAAUAUUUCAUGGAUACAACAAAAGCGUCAUAUUGCGCAAACACAUUUGGCAAAGGUAGCUGCGGGAGAGGAACGAUGGGCUGCUAGAGCUGAGCGCAUUCAAAAAGGAGAGGAGCGCCACAUGUGGGAUAUCCUCGAAGAGAGAGGCUACUUGAAAGAUGUAGCUGGAAACCCCGAACGAAUCAAGGAGAUCAUGCGAACAAAGAGAAUAGGGGCCUACGUGGGCAUCGACCCUACUGCCGACUCGAUGCACGUUGGACACAUUAUCCCGCUCAUGCCGCUAUUCUGGAUGUGGUUCCACGGCUACCCGGCCGUUACGCUGAUUGGUGGCGCGACUGCUCGCAUUGGCGAUCCCACCGGCCGCCUCCAGAGCCGCGAGAACAUGAGCAACUCGGAAGUCUCCAAGAACAUCACAAAGAUCCACUACCAGCUCACCCGACUCUGGCACAACGUGGUCCAUCUGCGCGACAAGUACGGCUAUGCCGACGACUGGGCAGCGCGCCACCAUCUCCUCAACAACAGCAUGUGGCUGCAGGGCCUGACGAUAUACGACUUUAUGAAGCGACUAGCCCGCGACACGAGACUAGGCCCGAUGCUCUCUCGCGAUACUGUCAAGCGAAAGAUGGAGGAAGGCGACGGCAUGUCCUUUGCCGAGCUCAUGUACCCUCUCUUCCAGGGCUGGGAUUUCUGGCACCUGUACAACAAACUCGGCGUGCAGAUGCAAAUCGGCGGCUCCGACCAAUACGGCAACAUUGUAUCCGGCAUCGAGGCCCUCAAGACGAUCCGCGAAAGCGAAGAAGCACCACACCUCAAGAUGCCCUCCGAGUGGCAGCACGAGCCCAUGGGCUUCACCGUGCCCCUCCUGACAGACGCCGCGGGCAACAAGCUCGGCAAGUCUGCCGGAAACGCAGUCUGGAUCGACGAAUUCAAGACAUCCUCGUUCGAGCUCUACGGAUACUUUAUGCGCCGCUCCGAUGACGAGAUCGAGAAGCUGCUCAAGCUCUUCACCUUUAUGCCCAUGAAGACCAUCCAGGCUGUCAUGGCCGAGCACAACCAAGACCCAUCGAAGCGCGUAGCCCAGCACACGCUGGCGUUUGAAUUCGUCUCGCUCGUGCACGGCUCGCAAAAGGCCCUGCAGGAGGCCCAGCAGCACAAGUUCCGCUUUGGCGGCGAGCUGCCCAAGGUCAUGAACGUGCCCAGCGCCGAGUCCGGCAUCAUCACGCCCAACAAUGCCCCACGAAGCGACAUCCAGCUGCCCCAGUCUGUCAUGCAGCUCUCGCCUGCUAAGCUGCUGCUGGCUGCUGGCCUGGCGCCAAGUGCUGCUGAGGGCCAGCGCCUUGUUAAGCAGCAAGGUGCGUAUGUUGCCGCACAGCCCGGCCAGAAGCGCGGCCUGGUCCCUGGCAACUUGUCGUGGACGCCCAUCAAGAUGUGGUUCCCUGAGGAGACAUCCAAGUUCUUGAUUGACGACAAGAUCCUCAUCUUGCGCAAGGGCAAGCACAAUGUGCGUAUUGUCGAGCUUGUCAGUGAUGCGGAAUGGGCGGCAAGCGGCAAGACGUACCCAGGUCAGCCGUAUACUGGCGCCGUGCGCACGUUGAAGGAGCAGCUGCGCAAGGAGGCCGAAACUGAGGCGGGCGUCCAUGUGUCCACGGCAGAGGUCAACAAGGUCUUGACUAAGAAGGUGGACGAUAUUAAGCGCACACGCGUCGUCAAUAACCCCGACAUCGAGUUCCCUAGUAGCUUGGAGCGCCGUGAGCGCCAGCGUGGACAGGGCAAGGACCAGAAGAGCGGUAACAAGGAUAACAACUAA